GUUAAUUAUGUGCCGGUAACUGUCAAAACAAAAAUUUCUCAUUCGGUAGUUUAUUUCAUGUUUAUUUAUAAUAAUUAAUUAAGAUUCAAGAGUUAAUUAUUACAAUCUUUAUUAACUUUGUUAAUUUGUAUUUAAUACUUGUGUUCCUUAUGUUUAACUGCUAUUUAUUUUGCUUUAGAAAACAAUUUUACAACUAUUGUUUGAACUGCACAGUGCACACUAGUUUAUAAUUUAAAAAACUAUUUUUUAAGAUAUUUAAUAUUAGGCACAUUAAAUUUAAGAAAAUUAAUUAAAAUGUUUUCUGAUAAAUCGUUUGAUCCAGUUGGUUUUAGAUCUCAAUCUUCAACAGAGAAAUCGCAAAAAUCAUCAAAUAUACAAACUGACAUUGUUGUUUACGAAGAUGGUUCUUCUCAAAGUGAAGAAAAAAAAAGUGUCGAGACUCAAACUCAGACGGAAAGUAAAAAAACUCCUGAAUUCAAUUACGAAAGAUUAGCAGCAUUUUUAAAACGAGUUACACCAGGAAUUUUGGAAGCUCUGGAUGAGACCUAUGGUAGUAAUGCUUUCGAAGAUUAUAAUCCAGAAACUACCAGUGAAUCAUUCUCAGCAGUGAAUUGUCUGACAAAAAUGAAAACCUGGGAUAAUCCUGAUUUUAAAACGAAAAUAAGUGGAUUAACAUGGAGUCCUGGUGGUGGAUCACUGGCAUUAGGUUACAGUGUUACAUUUCACGAGAAUUGGUGUAAUCAUCUGUCGAAAAUAAAAAUUUACAACUUUACACGUGAUAAUAAAUUUCCAGCAGCUCCUAAUAAAGUUUUGGAAGUUAAUUCCUGUAUAACGUCAAUUCUCUAUCAUCCACACGAACCUUCCAUACUGGCAGCUGGUUUAUUCAACGGUGAUGUUUUGGUGUGGAAUCUUCGAGAUGAUACGUCGGUGACUCCUGUUCAAGUCUUCUCUCAUGGCGAUUUUGUAUCACAGCUUCAGUGGCAUACAAAACUUGUAACCGAUUCUUCUCUAUUGGUAUCGGCGAGUGCCGAAGGAUAUAUUUUACUUCACAAGCUUCUGGCUAAUUUUACGACAGUUAUUUUGUUUAAACGAUUCAAGGUGGCCAAGGAGCACAAUCCAUCUGAGAGUGCAAGACCUCGUAGUUCCGGUGGAACUCGAGAACGUGCAAUUGAAGCUGGAUUAACAAUCACAAGUUUUGAUUUCUCAUCGAAGGAUCCGUCCAUAUUCAUUGUCGGGACAUUAUGCGGCGGUGUUUAUAAAUGCAGCGUCGAUCAAGCCGUUUCUGUGGAAGGAGACGAGUCGAUUUUAGAUCCGGUUAUUGAUGAAUACAAUAGACAUGAAGGAAGUGUAACAAGUAUCAAAUGUUCGCCAACGAAAAAUCUCUUCGUAACAAGUGGCACUGACAAAGAAAUCAGAAUUUACGAUUUUGAUCAAACUGCAAAUCAGAAGAUUAUAAAUCUCGAGAGUACAACUAUUGGACUUUCAUGGUGUAUUGGAAACAAAGAUAUUUUUGCCGCUUAUGGAGCAACUUCUAUUGUUGGAUUUUAUAAUGUUAAUACCGGCAGUGCUUUACCUAAUGUAAUCCUACAAUCUGAUACCAGGGAAAAUACGAGCAGUCUUAGCUUUAAUUCAAAAAGGGACAUGGUGGCAGUGGGAGACACUCGUGCUUGCCUCGAAAUCUGGAAAAUUCCAAGAUACUACUCAUAAAGUCAGGAAGGAAAGAUUCUAAUGGCAAGACUCGAAAUAGAUGUUUGAAAUGAAAAAGGAAUGAGACAAAUCUUUUCUGCGAACUCUGGUCGAGACUUGGCUCAAAUGUCUCAGCACUGAAGCCAAAUGAAGAAAGAUUGCAACUUUAUAUUUUAUCAAAAAGCACAACACAGUAUGCAUUACACUUUUCUCCGCACAAGCAUCAGGAGAAAUUUUUUUUAAAAUACUUAAACUUCUUAUUUAAAUUAUUAUUUAAAUGAAUAUUUUUACUUAUUUAAAAAAAUAAUGUUUACUAAUUUUUAUAAAAAAUAAUGUUCACUAAUGUUUA